AUGCCAAGUACAAUGGAGGUCAAAUAUAUGAUCCUGAUUGCUGGUGAAUUGGUGAUAGGGAUUUCGGGAGAUGGAUUCAUUGUGCUGGUUAACUGCAUUGGCUACCUCAAAAGGAGAGAUAUCUCCUUGGUUGACAUCAUCUUGAUCAGCUUGGCCAACUCCAGAAUCUUUUUGUUGUGUGUAAUGUCUUUAGAUGGCUUUGUUACGGUGCUCUCUCCAGAUGCAUAUACUCAUGGUAAACUAAUGAGCAUUUUGGAUGUUUCCUGGAUGCUUAGCAAUUGUUCAAGUGUCUGAUUUGCUUCUUGCCUCAGCAUCUUCUCUUUACUCAAAAUAGCCAAUAUCUCUCAGCCGAUUUUCCUCUGGCUGAAGCAAAAUACGAACAGAGUCGUCCUUGGGAUUAUUCUGGGGUCUUUUGUCAUCUCCUUACUUAUUAGUGUUUCAGUGAGCUUCCAUUUGCAUGAGGAUUUCCGGUGUCACUUCAAGGACCAUAAUGAAGAAAACAGAACUUUGGAAUUCGAAGUGAGUAAAGUCCAAAAUGCUUUGCAACAGGUUCAUCUGAACUUGGGGGCUGUAGUCCCCUUUAUUCUAUCCCUGAUCUCUUUUCUCUUGUUACUUUUCUCCCUGUUGAGACACACCAAGCAGAUGCAACUUCAUGCCACAGGGUCCAGAGGCCCCAGCACAGAGGCCCACAUGAGGGCCAUAAAGGUGGUGAUCAUCUUUCUGCCCCUCCUCAUUAUGUACUACACAGCCUUUCUUGUAGUCACCGCUAGCUUCCUGAUUCCUCAGAGAAAAUUAGUGGUGACGUGUGGUGGUAUAAUAGCUAUCAUUUUCCCAUCAAGUCACUCAUUCAUCCUGAUAAUGGGGAACAGCAAGCUGAGGAAGGCUUUUCUGAAGGUGCUAAAGUUUGUGAAGGGUUUCACAACCUUUUGUUCCAUAGAAAGAUUCAGGGAGACUCCUGAAUAA